UAUCAUUAAACAAUAGAAAAAUAUUCAAGAAUGAAAGUACUGUUCUUCACAGUUCACACACAUGACGCACCUCGACGCUCUUUUCAACAGCUGAUCGGUCUUGUUUGUUUACCUUCGAGCCAAGUAACCUUCAAGGCAAGUCAGGUCAACUCAACAGAAUCAACCCCCUACCCCAGGGACAUAUCAUCUUAACAACAACAACAGCUACAAGCACUCCGCACUGCUGGGGCUAUAGAGGCCUUGAUCCCAUGGUCUAACCAGCCUCUUAAAACACAGAAAACUUGAGUGCCCAAAAACACUGAAGACGACACACCGCUGCGCGCAUUUUUGGUUAAACUAUAAAGGCCUCAACCAUGAAUGGAGAAAUCUCAAACUCAUCAGACACUCAGGAAAGACUUUAUAAAAUGCUGGAGAAGUUACAGAAUUUGGCAAGAGACAUUCCUCCCAAGUUUCAGCAGAGACUGCCAUAUGACUUGCUCUCCUCUCUGGCCAACUGUCUCUUGGACAACACCUCAUUUGAGAUAAUGCAGGAGCUGGCUGAGCUGCAGCACAUGACUGAGAAAAUCCUGCACAAGCAACAUGCACAAAUGAUCAACAAACAUAAAACAGAACGAGAUAACCUGAUUAAGUGUCACAAGGAAGAGCUGACAGCUGCUGAGCGUCAGGGAAAGACCCAUGUGUUGUCAAGGCUGCCAAGGCUGCACCAGGAUCAACUGGCAGAGCUUAACACUCGCCAUGCCCAGGAGACUGACAAUACCCACCUCUUCAUCCAGAAUGUGCUUGACCAGAAGGUAGAAGAGCAGCAGUCAACACUGCAGCAAGCAAGAGUGCCAGGGUUCCAUGUCACAAGCAACCCCAUGGAAAUAAAAGUUCAGAUGUACAUAAUGGGGUUCAUUAUGGUGAUUGGGGGAAUAAAAAUUCCUCACUAACCCAACUGUAUCACCGCCGAGUGGCUUAAAACUACCCACAUGCUGUCCUGAAGACCACCCAUCAACCCGGACUCCAGAGAAAACUGUCCAAGUGAAUCAAGAAUCGAGUUCCGGGGGGCAGCAUGAGCCCGUGCCUGCUGCCUGCUGAGCUGAUUGGCUGUAUUAUUCGUCCUGUAUCCUAACACUAAAAAGCUUGUCAGUGAGAAGAGAAUCCAAAAGUCUGGUUGCAAGGAAAAUAAUUCAUCAAAUUUGGAAGGAUAGUGUUGAUUAUUUGUAUACUCCUUCAUAAUUUCAGAAUCCUGUUUGUUGUAAAUGAAUUUCACGUCAAAAGGAUAGAUACGUAUGCAUAAAUUUCCAGGAAAUUAUUGAAUUGAAUUGAAUUGAAAUAUUUAUUAUUGUAAAAUACAACAAAGGGGAAAUGGCUGGUCUUGCAGACAAACCCCUGACUAGGCAAAUAUAUUUCAGAUUAAAAUGUUAGCUGGCCAUUAUUUUAUAUCAUUUCUUGAAAUUGUUUUGAAGAAAUAUAUUUCAAACUAAAAACAUGGUCCACGACAUAUCUUUUAUUGGGUUGGUGGUCCGUGACCUGAAACGAGUUGAGAACCACUAGUUUACCGUCUUUUAUUUUACAGUUUCGGUGUUUCUACCGCAGAACUGUGUAUGUAGAGCACUUACUUUGAGACCAUAAGUCAAAAUAACCACACUCUCAGAAAUUAUACCCUUCUAACAUCAAAUUAAAUUAUACUAGAGAUGCUAGAAACCAAACUACCCAUGAGCGAUAUAUGCAGAGACGAAACACCAUGUUGCCUUUUGCCGUUCACGAAGUAGAUGCAGACCCGCGUACUGAAGUCACUAAUACCAAGUUUUUUGCUAAUUACAUAAUUCAUUUGAGUCUGCCCUCUAUACUACAGUCAAGCCAGCUGACGUCACACACACAAGCCUCACCCCUCGCCCCUCUGCGCGUGAUCCAACUUGAUGUUAGUGAUUUAAGCCGAACAUAUGGAGGCAAAGUCACUAUUUUAAUACCAAGGGAGGCGGGGCUUGUGUGUCAUGUCAUAUGGCUUGAUUGUCGUAAGAAGGGCAAGCUCAAACAAAAAUUCAUAAUUAGAUAAUACGAAGAAAGAGAAGAAUAGUGAACUCAUUUAACCCUGUAAGAUAGCCCACACCUUCUUUCACCCCUCAUACCUUCCACACACUUCCAUAUCCUCGCUCACCCACACACACCGCACCUUGCCUCACACCCCUCACCUUCCCUAACGUUCACUCCCUCAUCCAUAAAACCCCAUAUCCUCUUUCAUCAAAACACCUUCUAUCAUCCCCUCACCUUUCCUCACGCUCCCAUAUCCUCACUCACCCCCACACCUUCCUUUCCUCACACCCAACAUCUUCCUUCACACUCCCAUAUCCUUACACCCCCUUUCAUUACUCACCCCCACACCUUCCUUUCCUCACACCCCACACCCUCCAUCACUCCCACAUAACCAAUACACUCCGAUAUCCUCACUCACUCACCUUCCCUCAAAGUUUUAAAUUCAGUAAUCUUUACAUUUUCUCUUUUCAAAGAAACCCUGAUAUGGGUGACUCCAUAAAUUAUUGUCUAUUGGUGUCUAUGGCUAAGAUACAAAAGACUGAUAGGAAAGCCUCCUUUAUUUUCGUUAGGAUUUCAAUGCCCACCACAGUGAUUGGCUGUAUUCUGUGUCACCCACCGAUCUUCUGGCCAGGCUGCCCAUGAUUUCUCUUGCCUGUCUGGUUGUGAACAUGUUAGUGCUCCCCACGUGCUUCAGGCAAUUUUCUAGAUUUAUUACUCACCGAUAUUCAUGGACUUGUAGAUGUUAGUGAUGGUCCCCCCGUUGGUUCCUCUGAUCACAAUUGCUUAAAUAGUGUAUUUCAAUUAAAUUUGUCCAUGCCAAAUGCCUUGUUGUCAUGUAAGGUUUACUUGAAAUCUCGAGUCAUUUGGAGCUUAAUUCAUAAUGACAUUUCAACUGUUUGGAGAGACACCUAUCGUGCUGAGUGCCCUGUAUCGGCUCUUGUUUCCAAACCCACGGAUAUUAAUAAUAAUAAUAAUAAUAAUAAUAAUAAUAAUAAUAAUAAUAAUAAUAAUAAUAAUAAUAAUAAUAAUAAUUAUA